AUGGCGCAACAGCAGGAGAGAGCUAGCAUUCCAGAUUCCAUGGCAACAGACUUGGAGGUCAUCAAAGACUACGUCCAGUACAACUUCGGUGACCGAGAACCAUCAAAGCAUCUUCAACAGCUACAACAGCGCGUUGCGCUAAACGAGCAGAUUGAGGAGAGCCUUCGCACUAUUCAAGGACUCAUGUCCCGACGCAGUUACCUUAGUCUGAAGCUCGAAUCAGUGAGGACUAAGAACAGCAAGAAGCAAGAUAGAGAACCCAGUAAAGAUCUGUCAAACCUGACAAUGACUACUAAUGCAACAACAGAUCACCAGACCCAACCCCAAGGAAACAAAACGCCUGAUGCAUCGACUGCCGUUGUCGCUUCUAGGCCUAUUUCAGAGUAUAAAUCCGGCAAAUUCACACCCGAAGAAGUUCUCGAAUGCUUCUCGCGCUUCCGCAACGCCAAUUUCGGUCCUGACACUGGCCACUCGAUGCUAGAAUCGCGUUUCCGACACCCAACGGCACCAUCUACCCCUUCUUCCGGUCUUUCAUCGAGCGAUAAAAGCAAUACCCCGACUUGUUCACAUACUAUCUGGGAAAUUUCUGCCUAG